UUCAUUUUACCUGUUAAUAUCAGCUAUACAGAAUGAAAACAUUAAAGAUAAACCACUGCUGUAAUGGUUGCACCCACAUAGUGCUCCUAUCAAAUGACAGUCACAAGAUCUGACUGUCUGGUAAUUACUGUAAGACGUCUCCGUUGUUGGGGUAGGAAAUCGUGCCUGGUUGCCGCUACCACUGGUGCCAUAGGCGACUGCAGGCUUCCCAGCGGCGAGCUGCGAACAGACGAGGAAAGGAGCUGUCAUGGCUGACAACGGCAGGGAUGCCCCCGGCUCGCACCCCGGGCCCCCCCACCCUGGACCCCCCCACCCCGGGCCAGACUUCGAUGUGCACUACCAUGAUGGGUACCUGGACUGGAUGGGGUUUGUCACUGCUUUGAUCAUCCUGAUUGUUGUGGUGAAAGUGAUCAUCUUGAUCUGCUGGCUGUGCGGGCGGAACAAGCGGCAGGGCUACGUCCGGCUGCAAGGGGGCGCUAACAACACGUACCACGCUGCGGACGCCACAGCCUACACGUACCCCGUACACCCCAGCCCCGCCCAACCGUCCGCACCGCCACCGUACCAGAACCCGUACCAGGCCAAGGACUUCAGCACGAUGGCCACCGCUCCCCCGGCAUACACAGCAGAGAACCCCCCACCCUACUCUGCACCCACGAUGUGACCCCCCACCCUACUCUGCACCCAGAACGUGAGCCCCCCACCCUACUCUGCACCCACGAUGUGACCCCCCACCCUACUCUGCACCCACGAUGUGACCCCCCACCCUACUCUGCACCCACGAUGUUACCCCCCACCCUACUCUGCACCCAGAACGUGAGCCCCCCACCCUACUCUGCACCCAGAACGUGAGCCCAGAGUAUACCUAGACUGCUCAUACCAUAGGCCAAUGAUUCUACUCUCCAAGCAAAAAUGAGGCUCUGACUUGCUUCAAUGCCAUUUUUCUUAGGCUUUCUAUUUUGUCAGCCAAAAAUUCCUAAAGUCUAAUUUCUACUUGGACAGGACAAUCAUUGGGGAAACUUCAGUAAAUUCCUGACAUCACAUAUCAGAGAAUGGUUCCAGCCAGAAAGCUAUCUGCUACAUUCUACCUAUGCAUGUCUUUCUGUCCGAUGCCAUAUGCAGUUGUAUAUUACAAUGUACUUGUGAUGGUUCUGUGUAAUGCCUUAUUGUAUACAUGUAGUGGUAACGCUUCUAUUUGGUGGUGUAACUGUUUAGCCAUGUUAUAAACCUGAUUUUCUGUGAUGCUGAGAUGGUCUGAGUCAGACCAAAUGUUAAUAACAUGGCUAGAUAUACAAUCAUGUAAACCAGUGUAGGAAUAUUAGAUUUAAUAGUAUGUGUCUACUCUGGAGCAUAUUAGAUUCUGUAUGUGUCUACUGGUGUAUAUAGUAAUAUUAGGGCCAUAAGGGAUAAAUCACCCAUAGCUGUUGUACAUAUUUUUAUACUUGUGGAAACGUCUGGUGAAAGUUUGAUAUUUAUAGAUCUUAUAUAGACUUAUAUUAUAGUGAAAAGAACUAUUUUUGUUAUCUCUGGAGCUGAGGAUUUAAGGGGCUGAGCCAUUUUCACAUUACUUAUAAGUAUUUCUCAAAAAAUUUCUCUUAUUGUACAGUUCUGUUUCUUUGUUUAACUUAGAGGAGUCUAAGGUAGCCUGGUAUCCAGCCGGAAAGAAGAGACUCGGGAACUAUAUUACAGCUGGACACCUGGCUAAGUCUAAGGUGAUUUUUCAGUCUGAUAUCUGGGGAUGGUACACUAAGAAAAAGUGCCUUUUCUGUUUCAUGAUGGGAAAUAAAGUGGUGAAAGAUGA